AUGUCGGCGACCAAGCACCAUCGUGUUGCUUCUGGCCCAGAAGCCGAUCAAGGCUGCGCAAUUCAACUUGGAUUCUUGGAUCCAACCAAACGCCAUGCUAAGACGGGCGCGAACGAGACCUCUUCCACCACCAGCUUGUUGACUGAGCAGAACAUUGCGGUCGGCACAAAACGACUCUGGGCGCCCUUUUUCCUGCGUCGAACUGCCCUCUUAGCGUUCACUGUCUGCUUUAUUGUGCUGCUGGUUGCAUUAACGACCAUAUGGCGGAUCUCUGAGAAGGAACAAGGGCUGAGCACCGUCAACCCAAGCAACUAUUAUCUCUGGACUUAUGGCCCCACGGCCGUCUUCACAAUUGUCAGCGCCCUAUGGGGCCAGGUCCAAUAUCGAGCCCUGCAGCUUUUCCCAUGGCGCCUGAUGUCUCGUGGGUUUGUUUCAGCGUCAGAUAGCGUUCUACUUGACUACCUUUCCAUGUGGAAUGUGUCAGCCCUGUUCAAAUCCCUGAAGCGUGGUCAUUACAUGGUAUCGAUUCCGAUCGCAGUAUCACUGGUCAUCAAGCUGAUGACAGUCCUGUCCACGGGCCUGUUCCUCGCGAAAGAUAUCCAGUUGGUACUAACCAAAGAUUUUCAGAUACAGAAAGACUUCCAAGGGAGUAGCUUCAACGAAUCUGCUGUAGACUCGCGGGUCUAUGUCCAAGCGUGGGGGGUUGCCCAACAUAAUCUUAGCCAUCCGCAGGGGACUAUGGACAAACAUGCUUUCCAGAACUUCUUCUACGAUACCAGUCCAACGGGAACACCCAUGUAUUUGGAGAACACGACGUACCAAGCUGUUGUUGAUGUGUUUACCCCAUCACUUGAAUGCCAUGAGACGUCUGUAACAACAUACGCACACGUUUCGGACGUGAAGCUGCAGAUUGACGACUGUACCAUGGUGAUAGAUGAUUACAGCAUAAAUCAAUUCCCACUCACGCGGACGGCGCUAGGAAGUUGUGACGGCACCCUCUCAGGCGUUGGGGACUUCAAUGACUACGAGUCCAUGGAUGUCAAAAAUAUAGACUGGAGAUUCUGGAUAUACAUUGCAGACUCGAUGCGCGAAGAGCCCAAUGGACAUCCGGUGCCGUACGCUGGUUACCCCAACGAUACUGCCUACGUCGACAUUAUCGGCCUGAUGUGCGAGCUGUCUUACUCUACUGAUCGUGGCAACGUCACAUUGAUGGGGUCUGGGGAUACUGGCAACCCUUCUGUUGAUUUGAAACUCGCACACCCUGUUGAAAUCCCUGAACUAGCGGAUGUCAGUGCAUCCAGUAUAUUAUACGGGUCUUACCUUUCAGUUGCCAAGUUUGCCAGCAGUAUAACUGCACGCAGUACCCCCUAUCUGCUUUUGAACACAGGUGGGCGCGGUCUCGAGGACGUGUUUGAUGUCAAGAAUCUUACAGACCAAGUCACUGAAAUGUUUCAUGCUCUUGCAGUUCACCUUACAUCGGACUAUCUAAUGGUGCCCAGGCCCAGAUCCGAAAGCAGCACAGAGCCAGGGACUAUGAGGAUUCAGGAGACUCGACUAACUGUCCGAGAUGAGUCUGUGUAUGCUAUCGUGUCGAUCUUGGGACUAUUGGCUGUAGUAUCUCUGCUGUUUUGCAUUUUCUUUCUUCCUUCUGCCGUUUGCUCACGAGAUCCUGGAUCCAUCAGUGGCCUUGGAACGAUCCUCGCUAACAGCCAUGAAUUUAUGGACGCCUUGUCCGGUAAGGGCCAUGCCUCGAAGGCAGACCUUCGCAAGGUCGUCUCUAGCCAGGUUUACGCCACUACAGCAAAGGGAGAUGUCUUUUCAAUCAAGCAGGAUGGCCCUGAGAUUGAAAAGUCCGGUCAAUCUUCACAGCUGUCCUGGUGGCGACCCUUUGCAGCAGCUCCUCUAGUACGCGCUCUAAUCUUGCUGGCGCCAAUCGGGCUCAUCAUUAUCCUUGAGAUAUUAUAUCAGAAAUCGCGAAGCUCGAACGGCUUUGCUAACAUUGAUACAAGCUCCAGAUACCUAAGUUAUACAUGGACCUACAUUCCGCCCCUCGUGAUGCUUGGAGUCCGAUCCCUAUACGAAUGUGUGUACUUCAGCGCGCGAGUUUUCCAGCCUUACCACGAGUUAAAGCGCGGCCACGCACCACCCGAGACAGGUAUCAUGGACAACCAACACCGAAGCAUAGCAAUCGUUGGCGUUUGGGAAGCUCUCACGAAAAGACAGUGGUCGGUCAUGGCAGCUGGCAUUGCUGUCUUGAUUGGGCCAUUCCUGCCUAUCGUCACCUCUGGUCUUUACACCGUGUCUGAUGUUAUGACAACUAGCAACAUAGCCCUGACCCAGAUGAACAGAGUCAAUAUGAGCGAGGGGUAUUUCUAUCAAAAGACGAGUGAUUACGAGGAUGUCAAACUUGGGGACAUGAUCAUUCAAUACGACCUUUCAUACCCACAGUGGACAUAUCAGGACCUCUCACUUCCGAAACUGCAGGUUAACCAAACCAGUCUUCCAAACGAAACAGCCAGUGCACUGAACGGUCGUGGGUACUCUGUCAAGGCGCAGGUUCCUGGCCUGAGGCUUAAUCUGGGUUGCGAGGAAUUACCCCCCGAGGAAUACACCGCUGGUCCCGAUCCCGGGACUGACGACGAGGUCCAUAUUGGUGCAAACGUCACCGCAUUGAUUGAGGACUGCGGUUUCGAAGCCCACCAUCUGAGGACAGCCGGCAUCUCAUCUGGAAACGUAUAUUUCAAUGCCUUGGACCAAUCUCGUGCAGAUGACCUUUACGAGUUACCGAGUAGUUGUCCCGGGCUUGUCGUGAUGUAUGGGAAAGUUGGUUCGACACCUGGCACGCUCGCAGCAAUCACGCUGCUAAAGUGCAGACCCAAGGUCGAACAAGUGGAUGUCUUGAUUCAGCUGUCGCUUCCCUCCUAUACCUUGGAUCUAUCAUCUCCCCCGUCCGUUGUCCCUGGGUCGGUAACGACCCUAUUUGACGGAUACAUGGGAUCUCCGGGGGAACUUGCCGCCCCUGACGGGGACGAGAUCUCAUCUGCCAUCCUGUAUAUAUACCCCGGAGAUAGCUCCACGGAAGGUCUCGACCCUGUGUUCCGAAGCAUCAUUUACGGCGAGGCAAACAUACCGGCCUCGGACCUACUCGACGCGGACAUAUUAGCGCCGCAACUGCAAAGGGUCUGGAGCAUCAUCACAGCGCAAAUGAUCAACAGUAUAGGCCGGGAGGACUACAAGGAUCCCGCCGCUGCAACCGCCAGCACCCAAACCCGACCAGUAUACAAAGCCUCGCUGCAGAACCCAUCCGGUGCCAGACAUUUCCAGAACAUGAUAUCAACACGCGUCCUGCAAGCCGUUCUGGCCGCCAUGACUCUCUGCGGGACUAUCAGUAUUUUCCUCAUGGACACUCGAGAGAUCCUGCCCAAAAACCCACUCAGUAUUGCCGCAGCGGCGAGUCUGCUUGCGGAUUCCCACAUUCUCGGCUCUGGCAGGACCGCCGACCACGAAAGAUCAACGGGCAUGAUACCCCCCGGCAGCGAGUGGUGCAAUGACCGACAGCUCAAAGAGCGAGGUGUGUUCCAAGGACGGACCUUUACGCUUGGCUGGUGGGAGACUGAGCGAAGUGAUGAUGAUAACAACAUCAACGAUUCCCUACAGGAUAGUGCGGUUUCCAAUGAUGAAGACGGUAGCGUAAGAAGGCAUAGUUCGUCAUUCCAGCCUGAUUCUGCGGAUGAGACUGGAAGACGAUUCGGCAUCGACGCUGAUGAUACCAAUCACUGCGGCGGCGCGGUAUGA